AUGGAUAACGAUCCAAUGAGGUCCCAAACUCAAAUGCAAAGCUAUAGCAAAUAUAAACGCUCUACAGCACAAAGUAUUAGGGAUCAAGAAAGGAUCAAACUCCGCAUUUUUAAAUUAGGAGCAAAAUAUGACUUGGUCAAAGCAAACCUAGACAAUUUAUUUGGGCCUAAUGCGACUGUUUAUGCUUUGCUCUCACAUGCUUCUAUUUAUGCAGAAAAACUCAAUUUACACAUCGAUAGAUUAGCUCAGCGAUACCGACAAGGUCUCAUAUGCUGGUUUACAGAAAAUUGGAAUGCAAUAAAUAAUCUUCUUACACAAGAGCCAAUGCAAAAAAUAGAGGAACCUGUUCAACCUGUAAAGAUUGGGCUGUGUCAGCCACAUGAAACCCCAUCUAUAGAUAUAUCUGACUUUAGAGAAUUGUUAAAUUAUCAUUAA